AUGAGGAAUCAACAAAACUUUUGCGCAAUCGCUACUGCAGUGUUCUUUUCUUGUUUACGGUUGGCUUUCGGUUCCUCAAGUAAGAGCUAUGAUAAUACUCCUGUAAUUGAGAUAAGCGGAAACAAGUUCUUCAACUCUCAUAAUGGAGAACAGUUUUUUAUCAAAGGCAUUGCUUAUCAAUUACAGAGAAGUGAAGAGGAGCUUACCAAUGCAAAUGGCGCUUUUGAGACAAAUUAUAUUGAUGCAUUGGCGGACCCCAAAAUAUGCUUGAGAGAUAUUCCCUAUCUCAAAAGAUUGGGUGUAAACACGUUACGUGUUUAUGCAAUUGACCCGACCAAAUCACAUGAUAUAUGUAUGGAAGCUCUGUCUACCGAAGGAAUAUACGUUCUACUAGAUCUUUCGGAACCAGAUGUCUCAAUAAAUAGAGAAAAACCAUCUUGGGAUGUUAACAUUUUUGAAAGAUACAAAUCCGUUAUUGAUUCAAUGUCUUCUUUUCCAAACUUGCUUGGAUAUUUUGCAGGAAAUGAGGUGACAAACGAUCAUACAAAUACCUUUGCAUCACCCUUUGUGAAGGCAGCAAUCAGAGAUGCUAAGGAGUACAUACUAAAAUCUGAUUAUAGAAAAAUUCCCGUCGGUUACUCAACAAAUGAUGAUGCUGAAACGAGGGACAAUUUAGCCAGAUAUUUCGUUUGUGGAGAUAUUAAAGCUGAUUUUUAUGGAAUAAAUAUGUAUGAAUGGUGCGGAUAUUCCACAUAUGGGACCAGUGGAUAUAGAGAAAGAACAAAAGAGUUCGAAGACUAUCCAAUCCCCAUAUUCUUCUCCGAAUUUGGUUGCAAUCUCAUAAGACCAAGACCUUUCACUGAAGUUAGUGCUCUUUAUGGCAAUAAAAUGGCGACUGUUUGGUCAGGUGGCCUCGCAUACAUGUAUUUUGAAGAGGAAAAUGAGUAUGGCGUUGUUAGGAUAAAUGAUGAUGGUGAAGUGGAUAUUCUUCCCGAUUUUAAAAACUUGGAAAACGAAUUUAAGAAAGCUCAUCCUAAAGGCACUACACAUGAACAGUAUUUAACGGCGUUAGAGAAGCAGAAGACGGAAAAAAAUAAUGAAUGUCCAAAUAUUGCAACAGGGAUCUGGGAAGCAAACGAAAAGCUACCUGGAACACCAGACAAAACUAGAUGCAACUGUUUAGAUAAGAUUCUACCAUGCUCGGUAGUUCCAUUUGGUGCUGAAGCUGGAAAAUAUGAGGAGUAUUUCGGUUACCUAUGUUCCAAAGUCGAUUGUUCUGACAUUCAGGCAAAUGGCCAAACUGGCACUUAUGGUGAGUUUUCUGAUUGUUCUGUUGAACAAAAACUUUCUCUUCAGUUAAGUAAGCUAUACUACAAAAUCGGUUCCAAUGACCGACACUGUCCCCUCAAUGAUAGAAAUGUUUUUUUCAACUUAGAAAGCUUGCAGCCACUCCCAAAAGAUUCAAUUUGUGAAAAUGUGCUUGAUUCUGUAAAGAACAUCACGUGCAGCGACGGCCGUUGUUCAAAACCAGAUCUGGUCCGCAGCAAACAAAGUUUGAAAGUAAAGAAUCCAUCAAAUAAUGAAAAGAAAAAUGACAGCCCUAUCGCAUACAAAACUUCUGGGUUUAUAAUACUAUUAAUCUCUGUGGUAUCGGCUGGAGUACUCCUUUGA